UGCUUUGUGCAUGCUAAAUCCGACCACUAGUAAUCCAGAAAUAAUUGGGAUAGCACAGAGACUAUUGUUACCAUUGCAAAUGCUAAACUAAACAUAAUACAAGGCUCUUUUCUUUGAGCAAUGAGGUUCAAAACAAGAAUUAGCAAUCUAUAUACCCUUACUCGGUUGGUACAGUCGCUGGACAAAAUUGGGAAAUUUUGUUGGCUACGACUGAUGCCAGAAACAGUAAAUUUUAUUAUUAUACCGGAUUUUCGAAUGACACAGGUGUGGGCAGUUUUGGAAGUGGAAACUAUAUUUGAAGAUUAUGUUGUUCAAAGUAAUGCGGAAAAUGUAAUCAAUUUAGAGAUACCUGUCGACAACUUUUAUAGAGCACUACGUUCUGCGGCAAAUGCGAGCGAUUCUACAAUACGCCUUUCCAAGAAAAAUAAUCAACCCUUGUUAUCAUUGUCUACAACUUGGAGCGGACGUGCAUUUGGGUCUAAUGUCGUGACACAUAACAUCCCGAUUCGAGUUUUAUCUCAUUCAUAUGUCUCUGUAAUUAAAGAGCCUACGGCUCCUGAACCAGAUUGUCAUAUAUUCUUUCCAAGCCUAAAUAUAUUACGACAAGUGGCCGAUAAAUACAAAAAUAUGUCGGAUCGAGUGAUUAUUUCGGCCAACAUGUCUGGAGAACUACAGCUUUCUGUGUCGACCCCAGCAGCGAAAGUAACUACUAGAUGGAAAGACCUUGAAAACCCAGAGCUGGAUCCUUCACAAGUGGAGGAUGUAAGUAGGCAUCCCUCUCAAACUCGAAACCCUAAAGAAUUUGUACAUAUGCGGCUUGAUGCGAAAGAUUUAGUGAAUAUGCUUCGUAUUUCUAGUGUAGCUAGAAGAGUUAUAGCAUGUUUCUGCGAAGGGCAUGCACUUGUAUUAUAUGUGUACAUUACGGAUCCUGAAGAUGAGCACACCGCUGUGCUUACUUACUAUAUUAGUACUUAUGUUGACUAGCUUUAUGAAAUCAUGAAGUGUAUUUAUUUUUUGAAGAUAUACUAGGAAUAAAAUGUUUGAAUCAUUUCGUUGGGUAAAAUAAGACCAUGUUACUAUCGUGAGGUCUUUAAGAAGUUGAAUGGAUCUUUCUAAGAAUCGUCUGAUUCAAAGAAUCAUACCAAAAGAGAAAUUUUCUACAAGAAGACGGGCUCGGAUCUGCUUACGAUGGCAUCCCAAAACCAAUUUCAAAGCACGUUCUUUACAAUUCGAUGAAACAACAGAAAACAAUCCCACUAAUCAGACUAUGGUAAAUUUGAUUGAAUCAUAGUUAAACUGAAUAUUUAUACGCUUUUCUUUCUACCAAUUUAUCGUUUUU